AUGCGAACAAUAGCUUCUGAUAUCGCUCGCAUUUUUGAUCCUCUGGGAUUGUUGAAUCCCGUGAUUGCUCAUGGUAAAAUCAUUCAGCAGGAACUAUGGAGAUUAAAAUUAGAUUGGGAUGAUUCAGUGCCACAAGAAAUUUGCACAAAAUGGCAAGAUUUCGUUUCUCAACUGACUCUUCUGAAUGAUUUAAGUUUUCAACGACAUGUAAGUGUUUUAAAUGCUAAACACAUCGAACUUCAUGGAUUUUCUGAUGCGAGUGAACGAGCUUAUGGAGCGUGUAUCUAUCUACUUACUGUGGACAUGGAUGGAAACAAGAACGUUCAACUCUGGUUUGCCAAGUCAAGAAUAACUCCCUUAAAAAGCUCACAGACGUCAGCUCCACGUCUGGAGUUAUGUGCUGCCGAAUUAUUGACUGACAUCUAUACAUCUUUAAAAAAAGCAACUGACAUCAACCCUGACAAAUGGAGACACAUUCGCACUCAUGACAAUCCAGCAGAUGCUAUUUCCAGAGGACAAUUGCCAAUAGAUUUCACGAAAAAUUUGUUAUGGAGAAAUGGACCUGAGUGGAUCACCGGGGGAGAAAACACUUGGCCUUACACACCUAUUGAGGUAGCUGCUGAAGUUCCUGACGUCAAGAAAACUGUAUGCUUGACCUCGUCUACAAAACCAAGGUCAUCUCAAUCAUCUACAAAGGUACCAACAUCUGAGAAUUUUCUAUUGUCUAGAUUUUCCUGUUAUCACAAGCUGCGCAGAUUUGUGGCUUUGGUAUUACGCUGGAUAACUAUCUGCAAAAGAAGACGGACUGCUGAUCAUCAACAACUUGGUCAAAUUAGAAUUUUCAGCCGAUUUCUAACAGUGAAUGAACUGGAUGCUGCAACCACACGGAUUCUGUUGCUCACUCAACGAGCCACAUUUUCUGAAGAAUUUAAACGCCUGGAAGCAGGGGAGUUUGUGUCAAAAUGUAGCAAACUACAGCAUCUUAAUCCAUUCAUCGAUGAUAAUGGAUUGAUUCGAGUUGGAGGGCGAGUUGAGAAAGCAAAAACAAUUAGCUUUGAUGAGAGACAUCCAAUUGUGUUGCCACCAUUUCAUCACACCACUCGCUUGUUCAUCACAGCUACUCAUCUCGACAAUUUCCAUGCUGGCUGUUAG